AUGUCAGACAAAUUUCCGAGCUCUCGCAAGCCGUGGUUCACCUUCGGACUAACUCUGCAAUCGCAUUGCACUGGAUAUGUGGCGACGCGGUCCGCCAGGAGAGUGGUCGCAUCCCACAAGGCACGGGAACAAGGCAAACCGGUGAAGCAACUGGAAGACAACGCCGAACCAGCUUUCCGCGUUCCAGACUCCCGUCCACAAGUUCCUACGACUCCAGUGUCCCAUCGACGAUCAGGAGUUCCCACGGAUGGUGAUCGACAGAGACUAGAAAGGACACCUCCUGCCAGCUCUCGGACGUCACCUGAGCCGCCGAGACGUGAAUUCCCACGGACCAGGCAGUACUCACGGUCAUUUCGCAGGUCGACCAACAACCAUGAAGUCGAAGUUCUCUGCCUCAACUGCAAGAAGAUCGGACAUUUUGCUUCCCGAUGCCCGCUACCUUUGUCUCAAGAAUUUCGGGACUGGCAGCAGAAGUUUAUGGCCUCUGCAACAGCUUCACCUCAGGGAAACGAGCCGCUGAUACCUCCGAUGCCUGCGCAGGGGUCACUCAUCAACAUUGACAUUGCUGAUUCGCUUGGGCUCCACGUCAGACCCUGCUCGGCAAGAUUGGAAGCAGCCAAUGGUCAGCCCCUGGCUAUCCGAGGAACAGCAACGGCGACAGUUUUCGUUGACGGCCAGACCUUCGUUCAUCCUUUCAUUGUUAUCCCUCACCUGGAAACUGAGAAGAUACUGCUUGGGAAUGACUUCCUGGAAGCAACACAGGACAUCAUCGACUGGGGAAAAAACACAUUUCAAGUAACCGCCGCUCCGCGGGCACAGCGGGUGUGCCUCAUGAAGCAAGUAGUUGUCCCUCCCCGCUCUCGUAAGAUCGUUUCAGCGCAGAUCUCUGCUCAGCCACACGACCAGAUCAUUUCGGUGACGAAGCUUUUCACCCAGCGCUAUAAUCUGGACGUGGCGUCUAUGCGGGUAGAAGUGGGUACAAAAUGCUUACACGUAGUUUUAGUCAACCCUGCUUACGAGCCCGUCAUGGUACCUGCACGCGCAACAGUUGGAUGUGCUGAGCCAGUCCAGGAGGUUGAAGACGUUCCACUCAGCGACGACGUGGCUCAUAUCUUUCAGUGCCUGAGUCCUGAAGACGUUGACACGGACACGUCUUCUGCUCCUAUUGCAACUGUUCAAUCUCCACAGUCGCAGACGGUUUCUAUAUCCGACGUCUCUUUCAACGCUGGAGCGGAUUUGUCUGCAGCAGAGCUCUCGACCAUCCGCACAUUUCUGACCGAACACCUUUCAUCGUUUGCCAGAACAAGUACCGAUGUUGGAUCGUGUCGCGUCCAGACACAUGCUAUUCCUACGAGAGAUGUGACACCAAUUGCGCAGCUGCCUAGACGGCUCUCACCAGCUCAACGAGAUCUUGUCAAGGCGAUGAUAAAUGAUCUCAUCGACGCUGGCUUGCUACGGCCAACCCGCAGCGCGUGGGCUUCACCUCUCGUCCUCGUGAAGAUAAAGGAUGGCUCAACACACGCUCUCGCAGCUCUAACCGGAGCAAAGUUCUUCUCGGUCAUGGAUCUCGCGUCCGGUUUUCAUCAGAUCCCGAUGUGUGACCAGGAUAUUGAGAAGACUGCAUUCAUUACACCUUGGGGUCUGUACGAAUACUUGCGGAUGCCUUUCGGCCUGAAAGGUGCCCCAUUCACCUGCCAGCGUGCGGUCGAUGCUGUCAUCGAUGAUGCAAAAUUUGACUAUGCUCUCGUUUACAUGGAUGACAGCGUAGUCUACAGCAAGACUUUUGAUGAGCAUUUGGAGCAUCUAUCUGCUUUAUUCUCAGACUUGAAAUUCAAGCCACAGAAAUGCUUUUUCUGUUGCUCGGAGAUACUUGGGCUUGGGAUACUUGGGAUAUACUUGGGCUAUGUUGUCACUAGGUGCGGUAUCUCACCUGACCCAGCUAAAAUAGCGGCAGUCCAAAGGUUCCCGCAGCCCAGCAACAUCAAAGACCUUCAGUCGUUUCUUGGUUUGACGUCCUACUUCCGCAAGUUUACACCAAGAUACAGCACUGAAGUGCAUUCUUCCGCGUUCUGUGACCUCAAGGAAGCUCUCUGCAGCCCACCUGUGCUUAAACUCUUCUCAGAUGACGCAUCCUUUGCGAUCCAAGUUCAUACAGAUGCCUCCAAACUUGGACUGGGGGCCCUCCUCUUGCAAGAGGAUGAGGACCGGCACUUCCGUCCCGUUGUGUACCUCAGCCGUGCUCUGAAAGGCGCCGAAGCUAACUACAGCUCUACAGAACUGGAGGCCCUUGCGGUAAAAUGGUCACUCGAACAGCUCCGCCCAUACCUCCUUGGCAGGAAAUUCCAAAUCGUGACGGACCAUCAUGCGUUAUGCUGGCUGCUGAAGUACAAAGAAGGCAACCAACGUCUCUUGCGCUGCUCUCUCUCCAUACAAGAGUUUGAUCUUGACGUCAUAUACAAGACGGGUCGCCUACAUUAUGCCCCCGACUGCCUUUCUAGAGCUCCGCUGAUUGAUACAUCAUGCCCAGUACUUCAGGUCACGGAUUCCUCUACGCCGGAUGAUGUAAUGUCAACUGAGCAGCAAAGCGACACCUUCUGCCAGCAUAUCAUCUCUCUACUGAAUGGAGUCUGUGGCACACGCAAACAGCAGCGAAGGACACAACGGAAGUUUGUCAUUCACAGUUCCGUCCUGUACAAGGUAGAUCAAGGCCCUGUCCAUCAUCGGUUCCUGAUGUGUCUGCCACGGACGAAGAUUGAUCAUGUACUCCACGAAUUCCACGGGGGGAAGUACGGCGCUCACAUGGGAGUUCGCCGAACCUAUGAAGCAAUUCGAACAAAAUACUACUGGCCCACAAUGUUCAGCGACGUCAACAGAUACGUCAGGCAUUGCGACUUGUGCCAGAGAUAUAAGCUGUCUUCGUUUUCAUCUGGUCUGUUGCUACCCAUACUGGUGCAUUCUCCGUUACACGUGACAAGAGCGAUCGACCACGAGUUAACGAGUGAUAUGACGGCACAAACAUUCCUCCUUGCCUUUCGCCGCUUCGGUUCGCGACGGGGUGUGCCGUCCACCAUCUUUUCGGACAACGCCAAGACGUUCCGUUACUGCUCUAAAGUACUACGCGCGCUCUUCGACAACUCUGUCCAGGACCAUGCCAGUUCCGUCCGCAUCCAGUGGAAGUUUAUCGCUGAAUGGGCACCCGGGUGGGGCGGUUUUAGGGAAGGGCUCAUUCGUACUAUCAAGGACGCACUGAAACGUUGUCUAAGGCGCAGUAGUCUCUGCUAUGACGAGCUUUUCACCGUACUACUCGAGGUUGAGGCGGCCGUCAACUGCCGUCCCCUUACCCAGCUUGCCGACGAGACAGAGGACUGCGAGGCUCUGACUCCUUCUUACUUCUUGAUCGGAAGGCGCGCUGUGGCCUUACCGGCUAGCCUGGGGUUAGAGGUGCCCAGUUCCACUCCCGCAGGUCUCCGUCGCCGGGUUCGACACAGACAGGCUCUUCUUCAGCAGUUAUGA